UUCAGAGGAGAAGUAUAAAGCUGGGAUAAAUGCAGAAAAAGGUGUAGGUGCUGCUUCCAUUUAAGGAGAUUGAAGCUGCCACAGGUGAAGCAGUUUAGUAGGGGUAAAGUAGAGCGAUGGUGCAAAGGAUUGUGAGAUUGAUUCUCUGCAGUGUUACCUCUGUCAGGCUUCAUAAGGGCAAGUUGCAGUAAAGUGAGAGAUGAGCUUUAAAGUAAAACUCUGAUUUAUCACUCUGCUCUCUUUCAAAUCGUCACCCCUGGUCUCACACUUUAAAUAGCGAUAGAAAAAGCGAGAUCGCAAAAUACCCCGCACUGUAAUGAGAUUUCUACGUGGGGUCGCUGGCCUCCUUCUAAGUUAAAGAUGGCUGAGUGAUUCUUAAAAAAAGAGCAGAGCGCUAAACCUCUGCCUUGAAUUGAGAGGAGCUAGCUGAGGUGGUUCAGGAAUCUGAUAAAAAUGCCAGGCCCUGUUUGGAGGUGUCCUCAGGCAUGACUCUUGAGAACAGACUCAGGACACACUUGAAGGAUUACAUCUUCUAUCUGUCCUGAGAGAUGAGGGAUCCUCACACUGAGGAGCGGGAGCAGAUUGUUGUUGUUGUUGUUGGAAAGAUCAUUUGUGUUACUCGGCUUAUUUUGCUAUCCCUUGAAACUUUGAAGUUUCUGUGGAUUUAGAAAAACUUGUGUUUCUCAAACCUGUCUACAAAAUUGCAUACCUUCUCUGCAGCCUUACAGUCUCAUACUGUAACUUAGUUUUGUCUUCUCUUGUCUCUGAGAUGCUUGUACUCUGAAAUUGAUUUCCUUCUGUCUGGAGAUCAGAGCAUGCACUGUCCACGCCUCUGCAGUCCCAUCUCUUUUUCUAUGCUGACAAACCAAGGACAAACCAAAAAAGGCUCAUCUUCUUGUCCUUUUAUGAGCAAUCUAUCUAAAAGCAGACUCCAAAUGAUUUAUUGCACCAGAAUGCGUGAUAUGAUUAAGACGACAAUAUGUGCAUUUUCACACCUACUGACAGUCGCACACAAGUUCUUGGACUGUGAAUUUUGACCUCUAGAUUACAAUUGUUUUCUGCUUUCAGCCACUCAGACAAAAUCAUAUUCACUUCCUCUUUAUUACAGUAAUGGGUAUGGAUUCAUUUCUCUGCAGCCUUUUCUGGGUGUUUAGAUGGUGGAAUUUGAUCUCUAAAGGGAUAUAAGCUAUUAAAUGUCACCAAACAAUACAUAAUCACUGAAUCAUUUCAGAUUAAUUUAUAUUAAUGAAAAGCAUACUUCAUAAAUGUGAAAUGACUAUUCAUAAAUUUGUAAUAGAGUCAUUAGGAUGAAGUUAAAAUUCAAGGAACAGUGUGUGGAUUUGAUUGACAUCCAUUAGAGAAGUUGUAGAAGUUGAUGCUUGCUGACCAGGACAGCAGUAUGGGACUGGUUAAUUACAAGUCUACAGAAUCUGAUCCUCUCUAUAGUGGAAUUUAGUGGCUGACAUGGUGAUUUCUUCUUCUAUGGAUACUUAUUUGAAUCACAGAGGCUGGAGGACCAAAGUCAAGUCUGGUAUAUUUAUCAUUGGUCUGUUUACAGUGGUAAAUAAAUGGAAAGUACAUACAACAAGACAGGCUAUAUGUCACCUUGUCUCACUCCAGCCAUAGUAAAAAUGUGCAGUGAAAAGCGAGUUAAAUCCCCAGACUGUUGGUGGUCUUUUGUAUCGAGAUCUGGUGACUCUGGAGGCCAGAUGAUUUGAGCUUGUGACAUGGUGCAUCAUCCUGCUGGAAGUAGGCAUUAGAAAAUGGGUACACUGUCUGAAAGUGAUAGACAUGGUCAGCAACAAUAUCCAGGUAAGCUGUGGCCUUAAAACAAUGCUCAGUUGGUUCUAAGGGGCCCAAAGGGGGCAAGAAAAUAUCAUCCACACUAUUACACCACCAGCAGCUGCCUGAACAGUUGAUACAGGGCAGGAUAGAUCCAUGCUUUCAUGUUGUUUACACCAGAUUCUGAUGCUAUCUGAUGCUACUAUCUGAACAUCACAGCUGAAAUCCAGAUUCAUCAGACCAGACAACUAUUUCCCAAUCUUCUCUUGUCCAAUCUUGGUGAGCCUGUGUGAACUAUAGCCUUAGUUCCCUACUCUUAGCUGGCAGGAGAGGUACUCAGUGUGGUCUUCUGUUGCUGUAGCCCAUCUAGAGAUGGUAUUCUGCACACCUUGAUUGUUACAAGGGGUUAUUCAACUCACUGUUGCUUUUCUAUCAUCUCAAACCAGUCUGCCCAUUCUUCUCCUCUAACAUUAACAAGGCAAAUUUGUCCACACAACUCAGACCUCAGACCAGCCUGUCUUGCAUCAACAACUAUCUUACGUUCAAAGUCACUUAUAUCCCCUUUCCUCCCCAUUCUGAUGCUCAGAAUGAAGCUUGUCUUGACCAGUCUACAUGCCUAAAUGCAGUGAGCUCCUGGUGAGUGUAUAUAUGUAACUAUGCUGAGUGAAUGAAUCAAUCACUUACAAAAUCAUCACUCUUACAGUGUGUAUGAAAAAGAAAUGGGCCACAAACAUUUUUAUGCGAGGUUGUAAAAUUUUGUAUUUCUGCUGCAAAAAAAAUAGCAGUUUUAACAUGAGUAUAAAUGGAGUCUCCUUGAUGUCUUCAACCAGGCUUUCAUGGAUAUCUGGGGAGUUGCAGUUUUGAUGCUUUUCCAACACCAAAGUUUGCGUCUCGGCUUUAACAACUGAAUAAAUCGACCUGAAGAAAGCUGCAGCUCUUAAAUAAAGAGGAAAAACCAAGAGACUGUUUUGCACAGGAAAUACAGAAAAGUCCUUUUGAACUCAAUUAAACCAAAUCAAUAUUUUGAGUCGGAUUAUUGAUUUCUUCAUGAAUAGCCAUCCAAUAAGUAAUAUAACGUACAGUGAGCGAGUUGUUGUAGCAGAGGAACCUCUACAGGGUGAGAAGGAUGCCUACACAGACCCCCUAAGACUGACACCAAAUUUACCAGACCGCUUCCUGCUGAUUAAUACGAUUACACCUCGGGCUCCAGAGGCUAUGAUCAGAGCUGCAUCUCCAGUAGCAGUCUGGUCGUCAUAGCAAUGGUCAUCUUAGGAGAAUAGCAGACCUCGGAAUGUGCAAGUAAUCAAUCCGAAAGAAGCGUCAAACAUUGAUGUGUGAUCAAAAUCUACCACAGCAACCUGCUCAGUCAGCUCUGUUUGUGCUGUUAACCCUUUACUAUAUAUUCAAGUUAAUGAAAACCUAAUCAGUCUGUGAAAGGAAAAGGUGUCAUAAAUCUAAAGUUAUUCAAGCUAUCAGACAGUCUUAUAUUGUUAUUGUGAGAUAUUAAAGCAUCUCUGUCAUAAGAGUGGGGGUGACAGUGACAGAAUAUUGCUGUGUGGUGCCUGAAUAAGAAAAAGGAAGUGAAGCUCUCACGCUCAAACCUCAUUAGUUACCAAAUUCAACCACAGCAAAUAAGCAAGAGUCUCAAAAGUGAAUUCAAAGGCUCAUCCUCUCGAAUUUCUGCCAUCAAAAGUUUUGGAAACAGACGAAGAAUAAUAACUUGUCCGUAUUGCGCUGCUGGUGAUUUUUCUUCCCAGGCACCCUUCUGGGUGAGCCAAACUAACAACAGAUACCAUCAACAAUUCAGCUCUACCUGCUUUAUUUGGGGGUUUUUGAGCACAAGAUGCCUGCCAAUCUUUUAUAAAUCUCAUAACCCCACAUGCUUACGUGUGUGUGUGUGUGUUUUCCAGUGAGAGUUGAUGUGUGUAAGUGUGUGUGACUGAAGAAAGGGCGGCACGUUGCACAUGUGUCUAGCGUAUGUCUGCUCACUGAAAGGAAAAGGCAGACAGGUGAAAAGAGAGAUGGAGAAAGAGCGAGACAUGUCGCAGCACCCUCAGGACGUCUCCUCUUUCUGAGCAGCUGUUGUCUGAGAGCCGGAGGCAGCACUGCGGCGCCCUGUCAACUCCUUCUCCCACAGAAGCCCCUGUGCAUGCAAAACAGGCUCGGGCUGCCCUCUCUCCUUGGCCAUGCUUUUUUCCGCCCCUUUUCGUCUUCGUAUAUAACAGACACCUCCUAAUUUUCUGCCCUCUCUCUCCACUCUCCCUCUCUCCGAAGCAGAGUCUUUAUUCAAAUCAAUUUCAAGCCUCAAACAUUGUGCGCCCAGUGAUAGUUACACACAAACACAACAGCAAGCAAGUGAGACAAUUUUAUGGGGAAGAGCAUUUCAAGGGCAGAAGCUGAUAAAGAAAAGAAAAUGUGCUGUGGAUUUUUUUCACCCCAGAUUGAUUAUGUUCAACUCGGAGCAUCAAUUCCCCUGAACAGGAAAAAUAAUGUACUGUGUGCUCUGUAGUCAGAGGCCACUGGCUCCCAUUCACUUAACCUUAAAGAACAGUUUUCGCUUUUUCACAGAGAGUGUUCAGACCUAUGCUAAAUCUUGUACUGUGAACUGAACUGAAUAAAACAAUGACACAUAUGAGAGGCUUAUUUAAGAUGAACUGUAAGAGAAUCUAGUCUUUUACCUAAUCAUUACCCUGUAAUUGAGCAGAAGUUAAAUACAUACAGGGCUUUUAAAACGUUUUCAGACAAGCUCAAGUUGUUUUUUAGAUCUGCUUCAAUGAAUACUGUCGAAGAAAGUUUUGAGCCAGCUCAAGAAAAAGCCCAAACCUUUUUAAAGUCCCACUUCGAUUGUUUUUUUUUUUUUUAUAUUUAAAGUGUUAUCAAUGGUCUUUGAAUUGUGAUUAUGAAGUUUUUAGCCAAAAUCACGUGACAUGUGCCAUUUUCAAGGGCUUUACUUAGUCAUGAGCAAUUCACCCUCUGAGUCGUGGGCAGAGACGCUCCUCUUCACGCUUGCCUGUCGUCUAACAUUGCCAGUGUAGCAGCAGAAGCAGGUAACAUAGGAGCUCUUAUAGACCACUCAUAGACAGUAAAACAUGUAGUGGGUCAGAGACACCGAUGACAAUGACAAACUAGGAAAAAACCAGUGGCUCCUCUGAUGAACUUUUGACGUGUCAAAUUUGGUGCCCCCUGUUGACAAAGCAGUCUGUGUUUGUCUUGUCCUCUACAUCCUUAAACAGCAUCUUCUGACAAAAAUCUCAUCCUGCUGACUUCUGACAGACAAAUUUUUCAAUUUCAAUGAAUAUUCUUGUUUCAUCAGCUGCUGAGUCGACACCUACUCCCUUGGAGCAGUUUCGGGCAUUGAAAGUUAUGAUACAAAAAUGAUCAAUCAUGGAGUGGAUUGUCUUGUUUGAAAAAGCAUCAACAUGAAUUUCAGUCAAACAAAACUCCUCACAAGAGCUUUAACAAACUGGGCUGGUGCGGUGGAUGCUUGUUUGACUCAGAACUUCAACAUUUAAUGAGAUGGUAAAAGACCUUUUCUUUUAGCCUUUUCUGCAGUUGGAAAAUGGUUGUAUCAUGAAAUAAACACAUGGGCCUGAUGGGCUGUCUUUACAAGUGGACUUUUGAUCUUAAUCACAGUCUCAUUGAGCAACAAUUUUACCAUGAGGCAGCAACCUUAUGAAAUGUUAAAAAAAAAUCAUUCAGAGGUCGGAAAACUCAUUUGGGGUAAGAGUGCCCCACAGUCCUCUUUGUGGUAUUUUAUGAUUGAAACAAUUUACCAUUAACAAAUAGCUUUAUUUUAAAAGGCAAUGCUUUAAAAAAAGCUGAGAAAUGCCCCAAGCCUCUAACGCCCUUCCCGCCCUAUAGGUUGUAUUAGUCUGUUUUACUACAUCUGUGUAGAAACUCAGAGGCAAUUUAACUGCAGCUCUGAAAUCCUUUGAUAAUGAGUUCCUGUGGCGAUAUUUAGUUAAGGGACUUCUUUUUUUGUUGUCUGGGCUUUAGUUUGUUGGCUUUAUAGUGCCCAUGUGUCGCAUAUUCCAAAAUAAAGUCAUAUAAAAUCCAUUUACCGCACAAAAAAAGGAUGAUGCAAAAUGGUGUCCUAAGGGAAGAGGAUAGGGGACACACUACAGGAAUGUCUGCUCCAUUUAUUUGCCACAGUUUGUAUUCUGACCGUCCAGCAAUGUUAGCAAGGACAAAAUAAGAAGCUCUCACAAGCAGAUGACUUUAUCUCAUGAGGUGACAGUUAAAGACAUUUGUACUAACUUCUAGAUGCUGUAAGAAUAACUCUACUCUCCUUUAUUCAUUCAUUAUGACUUUCAUUUCAUUUCAUUUUGCACUCUCGUUUUCCUUGUGAGCAAAGUGUCCUUUUAGGGCUUCCACCUUUUUUCAGACAGAUAAUCAACAAAGAGAGGAGACACUGAUGAAUCCUGUUGGGCUUUUCAAUUUAAAAAGUGGCAAUUUUCAAUAAUCCUUCAUGGUGAAUACAUAAUGAACAAAAACGUUUUAUAUAUAUGUGUGUACACACACUCACACACAUGACUGUCAGAGAAAUUCAACUUUAAUAAUUUAAUCUCAUUUGUGAGAGACGGCAUGCAAGAGAGGUGUCGUCAAGAGUCAAAUGGCGCUCAUUUUCUUGCAUCAGUGACAGUUAACAUCAAGAUAAAGUCGCAGAAAAGGACUGCAUUGUUGUCAAGUAUUUAAAUUAGUUUUUUUAUCAUCCAUACAUUGUCUGUUGAUUUUCAAUUAGCACUGGCAGCCAUUAUUCUAUAGGACAACACAGUGGCGGACGGCAGGGCUAGGAAGCUUUGGAAACAGCUGUGAGACGAGACAGGGUGGGAUUAACUUGUUACACUUUAAUAAAGCUUUACUCAGUGCACAUACAAAUUAAAUGGGAAGAGAAGUUUUGGUGUUUUUAUGAUCACAAUGGCAGAAAUUGAGAGGUUUUGAUUAAUUAUACGUUAAAAUAAACAAUUGUGGAGCAAAAUGGUGUAAAUGAAUGAAACCAAAAAUGUUAUAUUCAGAGGUGAAGGCUUUAAAACACACUCAGCCCACUCAUCCUGUGAACUCUGCUCUGAUAACAAGAAAACCAAAAGUCACCAGGGUUUAGUGGCGUUUCUCUACAAACACUGGUUGGCAACAUGCUGCCAUCAUGUGGCGCAUCUUCACACUACACUACUGCAUAGUUAUUAUAAACAUCCUGGCAUGCAGCUUGUCAUUUUAGUUUCUUGCCCGUCACUAUUUUGAGUGCAUUUACAGUUCAAAAUAUCAGGAAUAGGACUGAAACUAUCAAUUACUUGGUCAUUUAAAACCCAAAUUUUUAAUGUCACUGGGAAUUUAAACUGAGGCUAAACAGAAAAUGAAGAAGGGUUAUAGUUAUAGUGGUGGCUGGGGGAUGGAGGCUAACUAAAAAAUAGUCAUGAAUCUGUAUUUGUUUAGCUGAAUGGACAUAACAUUUGCCUGUUUGUUCAUAUAUUUUAACUUUUUUACCCUCUGUAAUUGAUGCAGUUUAUUUUGAAGUCAGAGUGAUCAUAUCCAAGUUCUUAUAAUCUUAGCUUCCCCCUGAGUAUCUCCUCUUAUAUUUAACAGAGCUCUCUUUGUGUACCAUGACUCCAGGGUAAAACUUUUCCUGUUUCAACAACACACUGUUUAACCUCUUUUUUUUGCUGCCACCUGCUGGAACAAUAAAGUAUGCCCAAGUAUCUCCUUUCGGUUUAACUCAAAACAAGAAUUAGUGAAGGCAAAAUGGUCCAUCGAGUUUCAACCUACACUGGAAAUAACUACAUGACUGAUGAGUAAUUUAAGGCACAAAACAUUUUUAAUCUGCUUUUUUGUUAGAAAUUGUUUAUUUACUCAUUUGCUUUCAUAUAUUUGACUUAACCUUUUGGGAAAAAUGAUACACUUUAUAGUAGAUUUUAAAAAUCUUAUUCAGAGACAGUUUAUCUUUCCCCUUGUGGAGAGCAGUGGUGCAGAAACCUCUACUGACCAGAUGUCUCUGCAUAUUACAGUCUUGAUGAAUACAGAUUAAAAAAUUCUUAGAAUAACAAAAAAAAGUUUGUUUUUACUGGAACUAUUCAAAAACACUGAAGCACAUCCAGGUCACAAAUGCCAGACAUGAUAAAAUCAUGCCUAUCUGCAUGUUUUGAGUGCUUGCAAAAGAGUUUAAGAGUUUAUAGGUGUUAAAAUUUGUACUUUAAGAGGACCGACUUCUUAGAGGAAAUAACACACUGAGAGUCUCUACCUGAGUGACAUCAUAACAGGUGUCAUUAAUUUGCAUAGACAGUGAAGAAUGUCCCUGAAGUCACUCCUGUUGCUCUGAAGCAUCACAGCCGUUACUUUGUGCCACAGGCUUUAAUUCUUUCAUAAUAACAGAUGUAUGUCAUUCUGUCUCGUAAGCUCUGUUUUUAAAGAUAAUUGGCUGCGGUUUGAUUCAGAUCGUCAUGUUAAGCUUUGGAAGUUUUGUCAGCAGGCACACUAAUGAGUCAGAAUCAGUAUAGAACACAAUCAAAAUGCAAUACCUGUCUGAAUUCCUACAACAAAUUACAUUUCAACCCCAUUAAGUCAUGUUAUGUCAUGUCUGGUAGUACAGGCUUCAUUUUCCAUUCAAAGCAAUGCAGCAGCAAACAGCAGCUGACAAGUCACAGGAACCUCAAGGCCCUUUCAGUUUCUAAGCUUUCAUAAGUAUCAAGGUCUCAACUUAAAACUUCAACCUUUUCCCAGCAUACCAAGAGUGCACUCUAGUAUGAGCUCUUGAGGUUAGUCACAGUUCCUGUUUUCUGUGGCUUUCAUGUACAUAAGUGCCUUUUUUAAGGCACACUUUAACAUCAUAUUAUAUUUACUCAGUGGGCGUAUAGAAUUGAAUGACAACACAGAUUCAUUAAAAAUAGCUAUGAAAAUACCCGCUUUAGCCAAUAUUAGCCCACAGCAGAGAAAGCUCACUCUUGGCUCUACUUAUUUAUAAUUGCGGUCCAUCCAAGUUAGUGUUGUGUCGUUCGCAAACGAGUCAUUCAAAAGAACCGAAUCUUUUAAGUAAACGUACUGAACCGAAUCACUUUCUUGAGUGAUUCGUUUAUUUCUCACUUCAGUUGAAGUGAGAAACAGCAUUUCCAGACCAGCAGCCAGCGACAGAGGAACCACAGGCACUGACGCCUGAAACACUUGGUGAACGAAUCACGCAUUGAACUACACUCUCUGGAAACAUUUUUGUCGGACAAAACUACCUUUUUUUUUACUGCUAAAUUGCCAUCACAACAACUUGCAUACAAUAGGACACAACAAAUAGUGCAUUAAAUCCUAUCACUGCAGCGGAAUCACUCACUGUGCCCAAUUCACCGAGCAGACCUGAUAAAUGGGACAGUACACUUAAAAUAUCAUGACUUUUGCCAAAGCAACACAGCCAAACACUCUCGUCUUCCAGUCCCAGAAACUAUUAAUUGAACUGACACGUUCAGCUGUGUAUCAGUUCAGGAGGUUGGAGUUGCAGGCUUCUCCUGCCAAGCGUUAAGUGAUUCGGUGAUUUAGUAAACAAAUCUUUUGAACAAAUCUUUUAAGUGAACUGUUUCUAGUGAUUCGGUACAUCUAACAGAACUGCCCUGCUCAUCACUAAUCCAAGUAGUCUUUGCUUUGUUUCGAAAAUGCCAUAAAGUUGUCCAUUUAUCACCAGAAAACAAGCUUGAUUCCUUUAGCUAAUUUAGAAUCUGGAGGGAAGCUUUGUAAAAGAGAAAAAUACCCACUAUCAUAGAAAACGCACUCGCGUAAAAAAUGUCCGCCCAGGGCUUCCAUACAUCCACCUGUUGCACUGGUAAGUAUGAAUGGGUUAAACUGUAAAUUGGGCAGUGUGACAACUCUAUUAAAUUUAAUAUACACUUAAAAUUUUGAGUGUGCAGUUUGUAGUUUGUCAUUUAUUUCUCACUUUAUUCAGUACUGAGAAUGUUUGAGAAUGACUCAUGUCGCUACUUUUUUUUCGCCCUCUACUUUGCUUGCCAGGACAGCAAAAACAAACCGGUCACAAAUGGUCAAAGCCUCUGAAUUAAUAAAAAACUCCGGAUUAAUAAUUCAAAGUGCAGCCUGUUGUACCUUCGUGUUGUUUCUACCUAAAUAUGAGUGUCGUCAUUGAGGCUGUAGUUGCGGAAGUGGCCUGCGUCGUCUGCAGAGGAGAAAUGAGAUGAGAAACCUGCCUGGCGACAGAGCAGCAGCAGCAGGAGGAGGAAGAAGAGAAGAGGAGGAGGUGUGAACUCAGGGUCCGUCACAAACACUCAGGAGGGGAUGGAUGACCGUGAGACAUGAUCCUCUGAGGGUCCGGACAGUUUUUUCACUUCUGGCCUGUUUUGUACUGGUCGGGAGGAGCUUUAUUUUGGAGGUAUGGGUGCACUCCAGUCUUCACCUGGCCAACCAGAAUAUGUUGACCUGGCAGAAAAGACCGGCUGUGAGUAUACAUCCUCAUGACUUGUGGCGUUGUUGUACUUCUAUUUUAAGCACCACCCCAGCCUGACUUAUACAAUGUGUGAAAACAUGAUCUAAGUGAGCCGGAAACACGAUUUUAUUUCUGUCCUAUUCGUUUCAGUCUUAUCUUAAAGGGGAAAACCAAGCAUUUUAACGUAAUAUACCACGUGUCAAGCACAGAGCUGAUCAAUAUUUGCUUUGAGUGUAUGAUCACUUAUGUCCUGCAUCUCUGUGUCAAACUGAAACCAGUCUGCAUGGUGCAGCAGUCAUAAAUAAUUCAAGCUGCAACUUAAUGGAAGUGAAACAAUAUCCUGUUUACAGGGGGAGCUGCAGUAAAUAAUAGAUCACACACAGUAUUGACAGAACAUUUAAUAGAAGUUAUCAGAUACCCUAUAACUUUAAAAUGUCUCUGUAGUCACUAGAGCUUACUCGCAGACUCGAGAAAGGGUGUGUUUACAGGCUGGCAGGCAAAAGCAAGUAUUUUACAUACAAUAUGAAUAUCCAAAUCUGUUGCCUCAAAAGCCUCCAGUCAAACUUACAAAGCCUGUUGCUGACAAAGAACUCGAAGGCUUAUCUGUAUGUCAAAAUGAUUGAUUCUUCUGUUAUUUGUUUGGAGAAGUGAUAACCACGAUUGAGGAUAUUAUACAUGCACCAAAACUAACUUGAGUCUUACAGGGUUUUGUUUUUGUUCUUUUUUUCAGUUUCGUUGGAGCAGAUUGGAGUCCUGCAUAAAAGAUUCAAGCAGCUGAGCCACAAUGAGGAAACUCUGCGGUAAGUUACCUGAAUGCACUGACUUUACUCUCUUUCUUCAGAGCUGGAAACCUGCCUAACAGGCUUCAUGUUUCUUUGUGACCAUGAGUAUUUUAUUAUGUUACGCCACAUGCCGCUCCUUUUACUCCUCUUGUGUGCACUUAGGAGGGAUCACCUCAAUGGAAUUCCAGAUCUGGCAUGCAAUCCUAUUCGGUCACAGAUCAUAGAGGCCUUCUUUGACAGAAGGUAAAUGUGUAAAUAAUCAUUCUCUGAGGUUAAAUCUCAUUUACAUGGACUGCAAAAGUACCUGUUUCAACUGGGUGAAAUGUCAUAAUUCCCUCUGUGAUAUUGUCAGUUUUACUUGGUCUUUAAAUCUUUAGAAAUUUUCGUCAGAAUGGCGAGGGUACGGUCGAGGAGAUCGGCUUUGAGGAGUUCCUGGUAGUCAUGUCCCAUUUUAGGCCACCAGCACUGCACGUUUCAGAGGAGCAGCGUGAGAGUAUCAGGAAGGAAAAACUGAGAUGUACGUCUUAAGACAAACAACAAUGAUAUGCAUGACAUUACCUUUGGCCGUCAUAAAACAAAAUGUGUUUGUUUUUCUCUGCAGUUUUAUUCAACAUGCAUGAUACUGACAAUGACGGGACAAUCACCCUGGAGGAAUACAGACAUGUAAGACUCAGCUCACUUCUCUAGAUAGUUAAAAAAACGAUGGAAGAUUGGUGGGUCAGUAUAUCUGAAAGAACAGGACCUUAAAGGGAUAUUCCAGCGUAAAAUUAAUUUAGAGUCAAACACACCGUAACACAGUUAGACACCCCACAAGAGAUGAAUGUUGCCGACCGCUUGCUUCUUUAGUUAUACCAACUUUAGUAACGACCGCAGGAUAGCAAUACACAGUGGUCUGAGUAGCCAUCAACACACCCCAACCAAAAAGCCACUCUAUAGCCACAAAUAAUAACAGCACCGAACUUCAUCAACAGUACAUAUUGUGUCCCAGCCAUAGCACUAGCCACCAAACAUCUUUUUAGUUUUUUAGCACAACUCAUCCACUCUCCUCCAGUUUGUACGGAGUCCAUCAACUGCAGCGGUGGGACGCAGCUCAAGGAAGAACAUUUAUGAUAAUUUCUUUAUCAUUUACUUGAAGUAAUAAUCACCAUAUUAAUCAUUUUGCACUGCAAACGUGGUAGUUCUUCUGCCUUAACGUCUCGGUUUUAUUGCAUUUCUCCAUUAAGAAAUGAUCAUUAAUGUUCUUCCUUGAGCUGCGUUCCCCCCUGUAGUCUGUAAUGGACUGGCCCGAGGUCUCGCUACAAACAAGCAGCUGCUGGAGGAGAGUAGGUGAGUUGUGUUUAGUCUCUUUGCUAAAGAAAUUAGGCAAAGUUAAAAAGACGUUUGGUGGCUAGUGCUAUGGCUUGAAUCUUUAUGUACUGUAAAUGAAGUUAGUUGCUGUUCUGAGCAUUAUUUGUGGCUAUAGAGUGGCGUUUUGGUUAAGGUGUGUUGAUGGCUACUCAGACCGCUGUGUAUUGCGAUCCUGCAAAGUAAAAGUAAAGUUGAUAAAACUAGAGAUGCAAGCAGUCGGCAACAUUCAUCUCUCGAGGGGGUGACUAACUCGGUGUUACGAUGUGUUUGACCCUAAAUUAAUUUUACGCCUGAAUAUCCCUUUAAUAUGAGCAGAAAACUCUUUACAUGAAGAAAAAAAGGUUGUUCAGUCUAAGACAAAGUCAGGUAAAACAGGUAGAUAAAAUUGUGUCAUCUGCAUAGACUAUGAAUGAUAAAUAAAUAACUGUGACUUCCUCUAUUUUUAUUGGCUCUGUAAAUGAAGACUUGAGUUCAGCUAUUGGCUGUAAUGUUUAUCUUCAGCCAGAAGUUACCAGUUCAGUUCAGUUAAUGCUAAGCUACCAGAUUUGGACAGUCUGCUACUUCAGUGACUUCUAAAUGAACUAAAUUUUCAUCACUCCUGACUGCAGCAGCUUAUUUACCCAUGAGAAGCUGCAGCUCUUCAAGGCACGUUUGUGGUUUGUUUGCCCAAACCUCUGGUGAGAGAGUGGCAAACCAACAAUAAGUACUGCUGACGUAAAUUAACCAGUCUUCUCAUCACUAUCAUCUGCUGUGAUCUCUUCAGAGGAAAUAAACAAUAACCCUGUUUUCUAGAUAACUGCUCAAUAACAGUCUUGACAUGCGACCUGCUUUAGAGUCUUUUGGUUUGAAGUGCCAGCCUCAAGUUGAUGCUGAAGCAACUACAGGUUUUUGAACCCUUGCAUUGGCCUCAUUUUCAAACAAGGGAUUGCUGCUCAGUCAUCACUGUAGCAGCAGUGCAGGAGUUUAAAUACUUUCAAAUAAAACCAACAGGAGCAUGCACAAUAAAAUAAUUGAGGCCCUAAAGUAGAGCCGUGGUGUACACCGCAUUUAAAGAGAGCAGGUAAUCAUUGUAGUUACUUUCUUACUUAUGCUUUACCUGUGUUCACGUCCAUGCAGGUGGUGGAGGAGCUGCUGUCUCUCAGUGAGACACUUGAGAAAGAUACAGCCAAAAGCAUUGCUGAUGCCGCCAUGUUGGAGGUGGCCAGUAUUUCCAUGGGUCACAUGGUAUGUAAGCUGAUCACCCUAAAGAACAACAUGUAAUUUAUACUUGGUUUUAUUUUGUGCAAUUUAGUUACUUCACUUUCUCACACUCAGGAACCUGAUGAGUUUUAUGAGGGGAUCACAUUUGAGCAUUUCCUCAAGGUACGUACCCAGAGUACAUCCAUGUUUGCUAAAAUACUCUCCUAUUCUAUAAGUAUACAAAAAAAUGAACAAAUACUAUAAGAACUUUGUGUAAGCCACUGUCAACUCAAAUACUCUGCGUGAAAUACAAGUUAUGUACAAUUUCAUAUACUUUGUAACUUUUUCUUAGUUGCUGAAUGGCUUCGAAAUUGAAUCCAGAAUGAGCAUUCGCUUCCUGUAUAUGGACACGACAAACUUUUGUAAGUGAGGUCAGCAAACUGAACAAUUCAGUGACUGGAAAGGCUGAAAAUGCAGAGUCAUGCUUUCACUAUCUGUUUCCAUCACCAGUUCCUCGCUUGCAUUGAAUAUAUGCCUUACUUACAUGUGAAGAACUAUGCAACUUCAAGAAUUAAUGUAUACUGCAGUCACUUAAGUAGAUUUUCGAUUGUAAGCAAUAAUACAAUCAGUUAGAUAACAAUCAAGCUGAUAUGACUUACCAAGCAAUAAUCAAAUAUGCAUGUCUGGAAUAGCAGACAGUUAGACUCUAUGCAUGCAAACAUGGAUGCUUGAAUAAUGUACAAAAGAUGAUGCCAUAAAUCAAUAACUUAAUAAUCAGGGAUACAGAGAUUUGUCCUCAAUAAUCCUGUACUUAUAAUCUAUAUGUCUAUUUAAUACCAAUGCAAUAAUUUAAGAUACUUUGACUUAUAUUACAAAGAUGACACUUGGUGCAUGCUCUGCUACACUUGCACAAUAAAAGACCUCAUGUAACAGAUCCGACUCCUGUCCAGGGUGUGAAUUUCUGAUAAAAAGGAAACGUGAGCGCUGUCAUGCAAGAAGGAACAGUAAUGUAGCACCUCAACAGUCUGUACUCUUAAAGGAACAUGUGAAAUUACACCACGGAAAAAUCAUUUUCACAGUGUAAAAACAAAAACAUUAGUCAUGCAGACACUUUGACACCUUUUAGUUAACAGGAACUCUGCAAACACUAAAGUUACACCAGGAUUUCCCAGAAAUAUUCCAUCCCACUUAAAGAGUGAAUGACUCAAGGAUUUUUUUUUUUUUUUUGUCUCCGGUGAUCUGAGAUAUUUCUCCUUUUAAUAUUUCACGUUUCGGAAAUUCCCUUUAUCUGUAACUGCUGGCCUCAAGUACAUGAUAAGAACUAGAAAGAUGGGUAUGCUUGUAUGAAUGUAAAGCCUUGUUAUCCCUACCUUAACACCACAGAUUUCUUUAUUCUACUAAAAAUCAACAUUACAAAUUGUAGGUUUUAAUAACUACAGAACAUGGCAUUUUAAAACCCAAGCUGAAAUCUGUCCUGAUAGUCCAGUCUGUUGCUGAGGGAAAAUAUGAACAUUAUUUAUCAGGAGCAACAUCAAGAACAGUUUCAUCAAAGUUUUUAUGCUACCUGUGUUUCCUGACAUUCAAUAAAGCGGCUUAAACUAUCACAAAAA